AUGGCCGACGAUAUUCCGAAUCCACCCGCCAAGAGGUCGCAGGUACCGAGGGCUUGUCAACGCUGCAAAACCCUACGCAGAGGCUGCAACGAAUAUCGCCCCUGCAGGAGAUGUGUGGAUGCAGGUCUUGCAGAUCGAUGUAUUGGACAGUCUGGUUCUCCCACCAUCCUUCAGCCUAUCCACGCAUACCCGUAUCCUUACCAAUCAUUCCCAAACACACACAAUGGCCCUGCGGAUGCCCUCUCCAGACUGACUGACCUCGUUCCCAGUCAGGUACUGGACCACUGCGUUGAGCGCUUCUUUGCAAGACUGUACCCUACUAUACCCAUUCUUACGCGCGACUAUGUUGGCCAACUCCGAUCAACGUCUCCAUCUUCACCGGAGGAGAGAUUGGAAGCAUACACUGUUCUUGUGGCAAUGUGUGCUCAGGUCUUGCUCCAGUCUGAAGAGCCGGAGAAUCUUCUCUCGCAGGGUCUCAUCGCCCAGAAUAACGCGACAUAUGGAUCCAUGAUUGUUGACCAGACUGUUGCUCUUCAUCAAUCAACGCCAAGAACCAUGAGACCGCGCUUGAAUCAAUGCCUCGUGGCCUUUUUCCUGUACGCGUGUCAGGCGAGGUUGUCGCAUCAUAGCCAGACAUUCUUAUUUCUACGCGAGGCAACGACUCUCUUCUGUUUGUUGAGACUCGAUGACAUGGAUCACACUUCCAAAGCUCUGGCACAUCGUCUAUUCUGGGUGCUCGUGAUAUCUGAACGAUCCCACGCCAUCCGAUAUCGUCGUCCAAUUACGUUACAGAUAACGGAUGAAGCUCCAGAGAUUGACGUGAAUGAUCCUUCAUUAUCCGGAUUUUGGAGUCUCUCAGCCCUCUUCAGACCAAUAGACACAUCCUUUGUUGCCCUUCUCAACCAGGAACGUUUCGCAAUCACGCCACCACUUUCGUCACUCGACUUUGUUGAGACUGCUGUCAAUACAGCAAUCAAGCCAGACGCACUACUCCAUGAGACACAAAAAGCAAACUUGAGGAUAACACAGCUCUGGCUACGUAUGACUGUAUGGAAGUUACGUCUCCGACUCGGCCAUCUUAGCGAAAACGCGCAGCAAUACAGUCUUACAUAUCAAUAUCCUCUAGUAAUUGCCAAAGACUUGACCCUCUCAACAAGAGAUCUCUCCAUCGACAGUAUUAGUAUCCACGGAAUAGGCGUCACAGAGAAGCUGUAUGAUAUCGUCUCAGCAGUAGUAGACGUUCUUGCUCGCGUGCCUGUUGCGCCUUCAAGUCCACAAGGUUUGGCAAUGGGGACAGCACCUGAAGAUGAUUUGUUGUAUAUUCGGAACCUCAUCACUAAGCUACCAGGUGGUACAAGCACCUAUGAUCCUCUUCUGGAGAAGCACAUUCAACAGGCGUUGCCCAGUCCUGACUCAACUGUGCCUGAGAAUAGCCCCCCGUUACCAAGAGUAAAUCUACAAUAA